GUUAGGUGAUCUGGGGGUAAAGUGAUCUUUGCCUGCGUAUGGAUUACAGAUAAGUGCAAAACGGAGCGCGGUCUCGGGCAUUAGUUAUUUAUAUAUUCCCGUAAGGCGGCGGGGAUGGGAGAGAGACGCCACAGAGGCCAGCAUCGCCCGCUCUGAACCGGAGGAGUCACCGGCAGAUGAUGUCCCGACGUGAGAGCGCUUCCAGAGGAGACGAAGGAGGAUGAAGAAGGGGGGAGAGGGCUCGAGAGCGGCAGAGGUGGAAUAUAAUGAAGUUGAGUGGGAAAGGACUGUGCACCGUCUUCUCCAGCACCCUCCUCUUCGUGUGCGCCCUGAGCGAAGUUGUCGUUGGAUUAAGAUGCGUCUCGUUGGGAUCUACGGUGAGAGCGCACUUCCACCUCGGAGCCGCGGCCGGGGCUUUCUACUCCGGGCUCCUGGUGGGGGUCGGGCAGGUGCUGCUGGGCUCCGCGCUGAUCUGUUGCAUGGAGAAGCCCGGCUGCAGGAAUUUCUUUCUCCUCGGUGUUGUGGUGUUCUUGCUGGGGGUCCUCACCGCCUUCUCCGGCGCGGUGGUGGACGGAGACACGGCUUCCCUGGUGGAGAGGAAAUACACCCAUUACUGCUUCCACUCGGUGGUUGCGAACCCUGCCUGCGAGCAGCUGAGGGAGUACCAGCGCAGCCUGGUCGUCUCCACCGUCCUCAGCACCUUGGAGUGCCUCCUCGGGCUCAUCAACCUGCUGGUGAUCAAGAGGUACAAGACGGCGCAGUUCUCCAGGAGCCGCCAGUGUCAGAGGGAGCGCGGCGGGGCGAUGCUCUUCAGCGAGGAGCGGGACUGCUCGGUGGACUUCCAGCCGGUGUCUUACAUCAACCUGGGUGUUUUUAACGUGUUUGACGAGACAGGUGCAGAAGUGCAGUGCGGGGGACACCCGUCCAUCGAGCUGCCGGGAUACUCGCCCACGGACCCGGAGCUCAAUCAUUGCUUCCCUUUCUCUUACCCGCUCCCCAGCGAGCUGCCACCCGCAUACGAGGACAUUUUCCCCGCUGAGGCAUGCAACACAUAGCCGCUCUGGAGCGUGUUUCUCCUCCUCCGCUGUGACAAUCAAUUGAUUUUGUGCUUAAACUAUUCCCCUCUUCUUCUUCUUCUUCUUCUUCUUCUUCUCAUCCUCUUCUUCCUCCUCCUCCUCCUCCUCCAACAUCCCCGCACAAGAGCAGUAAGUUACAAAGUAGGAGAGCAGCAGUGGGUUUGAAUUCAGCUGAUUUCCUUCUCAUCCUGAUGUUUUUCUAACAUCUCACCUGGUAGUGUAGGCU